UUUACCAGGUUUGACACUUCGAGUUAUAUCCUGUGGCUGGAAUUACCAACUUUGAAUAUUUUAAUUUUCGCACAAUCAAUUCGAACUACACAGAGAAAAUGAGCGAGUUGCGGUUGGGAGUGGAAAUCGGGUUCAAGAAGAUAACUAUUGCGCUGUACGAGAACGGUGUGCCGCGUGUAAUGUCCAGUUUUCCUUCCAUCGCGGCCUGUAGUAUUGAUCGCACCGAAUGGCACUUCGGCGUGGACGCGCGCAACUACAAAGCUGAUACCAGAUACUGUUUCUUCCCCUCGGUGAAAGACACGCUGCUGGCUUAUGGCUACGGUGAGCAAAAUCCAUCUAUUCCAUUUAUGUUGGAAAAUCUGUUCGCGCGUAUCAGGAUGAUUGCGCAAGCCGAACGCAAGCAGUGUAUCCGUGGCAUCGUUUUCGUUUUGUCGCAUAAUCUGGAUUCCAUCCACGUUAUUCGGCAAGCGGUGGUGGGUGCCUGGCAGACGAUUGGCGUACUCGAUGUCCUGUGCAUCUCCGACCCAUCAGCCAUUCUGCUGGCGUUUACCGUACAGACGUUGGACCGACAAUCGUUUCAAACGAGCGCCACUGAGCCGCUUUUUCUGUUGGUGUGCAAUGCCGAUUCUGACCAUUUCCGGAUGGAUGUCUUCGCUGUGAUCAGCAACAACCAUGUCGUCAAAUGUCAGAGCAGCCAGCAUGUUCUGGUUAAUUUUUUCGUUGAAAUGCGCCGGCGCGUGGCAGAUGCGAUCCACCAGAAGCUGAAAAAUAUCGGCAUGUCCCCAUUAGAUGACCGCUCGUUGGCGCAGCUGCGGGAAGACUGUUGGGACCAGGUGGCGUUAUUUAACGAUCACCGAACCGAAAAAGUGACCAUUCGCUCUCCGUUCCACAAGGAUGCCGUGGUGUAUCAGCGGCAGGCAUAUUACGCGGAGAUUGAGCCAGUCAUCGAAGCCGCCCGAAAGUAUGUCGUGGCAGAUUUGACGAGAUUUGGUAUAAUGGACGCGAACAACGGAAAUAUCAACGGGAAAGUUGAGCUGUUAGUGGUCGGCGAGAAUUCCCGGUUAGGGUUACUGCGCACUGCGCUGGAAGGUGUAACGAAGAGCCAGGUGAUUGCCGGAGCGGCGAGUUAUGUGGACGAUGCGGAGGCGUUUGGAGCAGCGAUAGCCAGCAGUCUGGCGGGAAACAGUGCGAAUAUCCACAGGCAGCAUUUGUUGUUUCGACUGGAAGAGGGACGCGUAUUCGACAUGGAAAAGAUCAUGAAAGCGCUGCCGGUGCAGGAGACCAGCAUUGUGGUUCAACCGGCACGGGAUAUCUUCAUCAGCGACCGCCGCGAUGUUUCUCUUUCCGGCUACUUGUACGUUGGCAACCCAAGAGCGCUCGUUGAUAUUGCCUCAUUUCGCUUGGUACUGUGUACUCCGAAAAUAGAUGACUGCAAAGUGCAUUGCAUCGAUCUGGAAAGCAGCGUUAACGGUCAGUCGGUGACGUUCAUGCGGAUGUUGCUGGGAAAGGAUUUGCGGAUUCAGCUAAAAAAGCUAACGCGCUAUAGAAACGGAGAAUACUGGAUCAAGUCAACUUGUUUUUCUUGUGGAUGA